AUGAAGAGGUACUUCCACACCAUCUACCUGGGCAUCAGGAGCAGGCAGAGCGGAGAGAAUGACCGCUGGAGGUUCUACUGGAGGAUGGUGUACGAGUAUGCUGACGUCAGCAUGCUCCACCUAUUGGCCACGUUCCUGGAGAGCGCACCUCAGCUGGUCCUCCAGCUCUGUAUCAUCAUACAGACUCACAAACUCCAGGCUGUGCAAGGGAUAACAGCGGCUGCUUCUCUGGUGUCACUAGCCUGGGCUCUGGCCUCCUAUCAGAAAGCCUUGCGUGAUUCCCGCGAUGACAAGAAGCCCAUCAGCUACCUUGCCGUCAUCAUCCAGUUCUGUUGGCACUUCUUCACCAUCGCUGCUCGCGUAGUGACAUUCGCUCUCUUCGCCUCCGUGUUUCAGCUCUACUUCGGCAUCUUCAUCGUGCUGCACUGGUGCAUCAUGACCUUCUGGAUCGUACACUGCGAGACCGAAUUCUGCAUCACCAAGUGGGAGGAGAUCGUCUUUGACAUGGUGGUGGGAAUCAUCUACAUCUUCAGUUGGUUCAACGUGAAGGAGGGACGCACCCGCUGCCGUCUCUUCAUCUAUUACUUCAUGAUCCUGUUGGAGAACACGGCCCUGAGCGCGUUGUGGUACCUUUACCGCUCACCCCCCAGCACAGACGCCUUUGCUGUGCCCGCCCUGUGCGUCAUCUUCUCUAGCUUCUUCACUGGCAUUGUUUUCAUGCUCAUGUACUAUGCUUUCUUCCAUCCCAACGGGCCACACUUUGGCCGCUCGGCCAGCCUGGUCCAGCUCGAGGACCCUACCGCUACCUUCACGCUGCCCCCUGAGGGCGCCACCAACUCACUGCGCUCCAACCGCGGAGGCACGCUAGCCAGGGACGCUGACCGCGAGGCCAAGUACAGCGAGCGGGACGGUUGUGUGCCCGUCUUUCAGGUGCGGCCCACCGCACCCUCUACUCCUUCCUCCCGUGCCCCGCGCCUGGAGGAGACAGUUAUCAAAAUAGACUUGUGCAGGAACCGCUACCCUGCCUGGGAGAGGCACGUACUGGACAGGAGUAUACGUAAAGCCAUCCUGGCCAUCGACUCGUCUCCGAACCCGCCACGCCUCCAAUAUAAAGACGACACAUUGAUUCAAGAGCGUCUGGAGUACGAGACCACCUUGUAGCCUGCGCUGUGGAAACUCACAAACAUGAACACAUUACUGUCCUCUUAAAUAAACAGCAGGACUGUGGCAAUAACGUUCCUUGCAUACAUAGCAUCUAGCCAUGAUGUUGAUUGUCAUGGACAAACAUAGGCACAACAUAUUUGUGGAGGAAUGAAAUAAACUUUUUUUUAAACCGUUCUCUCAUUGCUUUUUAUUACUUCUGUCUUGUCAGGGAAUAUCUGGGAUUCUAAAAGUCAUUGCACUGGCUGAUAUAGACCACAAACCCCUCGGCCCUCCUGAGUGUUGUACAGACCUUCAUUCCCAGAGCUGAUUGUCCUCGAGCCAACGUCUCCAAACUGCAAGAGGACAUCCAGAACACUUUAUAGCUCGUCUCUUGCAGCAAAUGCAAAACAAAGGCCUUUCCCUUUGAAACCAAGCAUCCAGUGCACACAAACGGCAUUUUAACAAACAGACUACCCACCGCACUGGAGAAACAGUGGUCCAAAUAUCACAUCGAUGGUACACAAAUAAAAAAAAUGGCUGAUUAGUCUCGAGACGUCCUUGUUUAGGGUACUGUAACCUAUUAGUAGUGUUUCAUCAGCAGUUCUGUACCAGUGCCAAAUGCUCCGCUCACAAUGACUCCACGCUGAACUGUGGCUCGACCACAAACUGUAUAUAUAAACAGGGCAGCAUUUCAACCAUCUACUUGAAUCCUGU